AAAACCCUUUUUUAUUAUUAUUAAAAGCUGGAAGAACGCUUUUUUUUUAAAUGUAUAUAAGUUAAUGGAAGUAAUGGAAAAUUUUUCCAUUUUUUCCCUCUCCUCUCUUUUCUUUAUCUUUUUAUGUGCUUUUUAAAUAAUUAAAUUUCCUGUCGUUCUUCCUUCUUUAUUAAUAGUCUAUUUAUUUAUUCAUUAAUUGAUUUAAUAUAUACGAAUAUAUUCUUUAAUAGGGAAACUGAAGUUUUUCCAGUACGGGAAACUCUUUUUACCUGCGAAAACCUGGUUACUAAGCACUUUGAUAGAUCCUCUUAUGAUGACUUUGAUUUUAAUGCCGACGUUAGUUGGCCUGUGGUAUUUUCUUUAAGUUUAUGUAUUCCGCCUGUAAUUAUUCUCUUCGGAGAGUUAACUACCUGGGCAUUUUCAUCUAUGGAAAGAAAAACUAUAACUGUAAUAUGCUGUCCAGUACAAAGAUUAGUUCGCCGGCUCCUUCGUUUUAUUGGUGUAUUUCUCUUUGGAUUGGCUAUGACAAUGAUUUUUGUUGAUGUAAUAAAACUGAUGUGCGGCACAAUAAGACCAAACUUUUACAAGAUUUGCAAGCCAAAUGUAGCGAAUUGUGACGUCAAUAUAUUUUACAAUGAAACUGUUUGUCAAGAAACAGACAAAAAAAUAUUAAGAAAUGGGCGCUUGUCGUUUCCAUCUAUGCAGGCGGCUGUAACAGCAUUCUCGGCAUUUUUUUUAGCUGUCUAUUUGAACAAGGCAUUUGAAUGUAAACCAAUUAGGCUACUAAGACAAACUUUUGCGCUGGGAUUUGUGAUGUUGUCAGUAAUAUGUUCUUGUGCAAGAUACGGUUUAGGAGAAAGUCAUUGGUCUGACGUCUAUUGUGGAUUUGGACUGGGUUUCCUAUUGUCUCUAUAUAUGACUAUUUACGUCCUGAGAGGCUUUGAAGAUGGCUGUUUCAAACACAUGACGAAAUACGUUUAUCAUGGAAAUAACUUGGACAAGAAGGAUUUCCACGAUAUUUACAGAGAGAAUACCCUAGAGCGAAAUUCAGCAUAUUCGGGUCCAACUAUACCUAGACCUUUAAUGAAGUAUCAAAACGACCAUGACAUCGGAAUGACAAAUCAUCAUAGAAACCGUCAUAAGAAUACAUUUCAGCGUGAUUUACAAAGGAAAAUUGAUAUGAGAAGCUACAUGCACCAAAAUGACGCUUUUUACGACGACGAAAUGCACAUAUAAGACAAUUUUUUUACAAGCAAAACUAUCGAGUAAAGGAAUGAUAAUUUCACAUACGGAACACUGUAAAUAUAACAUAUAUAUAUAUACUGUAUAGUAAACUGGUUAAUUUCCAACGUAGAAUAUUUCAUUAACACUGUAAAUGAUUGAUAAUAGACAUAAAUAUUUUUUAUGUUUGCUAUUGUAAAAGAAAAAUUGAUUUUUUUAAUAAACAUUAGAAUAAGCUUUUACUUUUCUUUUC